GGUGAGAUAUUGCAGCGUUAUAUUGAUUUACAACAACAACAACUUUUUGAAGAAUGUAAAAAGAAUUUAGCAGAAAAAGCCAACAAAUUAGAAAGUUGUGAGCAUGACUUCAAGACAAUAAAUUCUAGUCCUAAUAAAAAGGAUGAAAGUGUGACAAAUAAUCAGAAAACUGUAUAGUUACAAAUAGAGGAGAGUCAAAAUAAGUCAGAAGUUGUUAAAUUAAAAAAUAAAAUUCCAUCAAUUUGUAUUCCGUAUGUUCCGGGUGUUCACGAAAUCAGCUUUGAUGAUUUAGGUUCCUUUAAUGUUCUAUGCGAUAGUCAGUUACUUGGACCAGGUGGGAUAGUCAUACAACAGCGAGUUGGUGGAGAUGAGGAUUUCAAUAGAGAUUGGGCCACCUAUCGUGAAGGCUUCGGUUCCAUGCAAAGCGACUUUUUCCUUGGAUUGGACAAAAUCCAUCGUUUGACGAACUCUCGACCCCACGAGCUUUAUGUGCAUCUGGUUGCCUUAAAUGGCACUGCAUUCUACGCUCAUUACGAUGACUUUCAAAUAGCUGAUGAAAGGAAUGGUUACCGACUACGUUUGGGUAAAUACAAUGGAAACGCAAGCACUGACGAUUGCCUUAGACGCCACCGAAGCAUGAAAUUCUCAACACACGAUCGCGACAAUGACGUUAUUUACAAUUAUAGCUGUGCUAGUUAUGAGCAUUCUGGCUGGUGGUUCGAAAAUUGCUAUCAGAAGUGUAACUUAAAUGUGAGAAAUGGGAAACAACUAAAAUGGUAUUCGAUUGACCUUAAGGAAGUUAAGAUGGUUAUUCGCCCCAAGCAAUAAAAUAUAUCAUAAAUAUUUGGAUUUAGGAUUACAAAAAAGAAUAUAUGCACUAUUAACACAAACAACUCUAUAUAACCAACUUGAAAACAUCCAUAAAAUCGAUUAAAAACAUUAAAGUAAUGCAAUAA